GGGUCCCAGCUCUGCAGUCUUUCUGGCGCCGGUGACAGCAGCAGCAGGUGGAGCCCCGCUCCGCCGCGAGCAGCACUUGGCCAGAAACCCGCGCCGCAGCUGCCGGGCCGGAGCUGGCCUUCUGGGCUGGAGCCCACGCCGCCCCGGACCGACCCAGUUUCCCAGGCACCGGGUUACGGAAGCCGGUGGCCUUGGGACUCGGUUGGGCCGGGGCCGGAUGCAUCUCUGUGUGCACAGCUGCUCUGGAAGACUCUAGCCUGGGGCGCAGGGUUUACGGGACCUGGCCCGCCUCGGCCACCCAAAGAAUUGUGCUCCGGGGACAGGGAGGCUGUGGGACCUCGAUCCCGGGCACCUGGCUGGACGCUCUUGGAGUCUGAGUGGCACACUCACUCCACCUCUUCGCUCGCACGAGGACAGAGUGGGCUCUUUCCAGAGGACCGGACCUCUUCGCCUGGUCCUAUGUGGAGUCCUCACACCCGGUGCCUGUUUGUCUCUAGUUGACAUUGGUCUGCAGGUGUUCUCUAGGUUUCUUCAGCUAGGAGAACAGUUGCCGCCAGCGACAUUCUGUACCUGUGGGCACUCCAGGUCCUGGGUCUCCGAUCCUGCCGGAAUCUUGCCGGUGUCACUGACUCUCAACUCUGUCUCUGCUUGUCGUGGGUGCUCCUAGCCACUGGUUUUGCCAGGAGCGUGUGGACGAGACGCCUUUCUGGCCCUUCUUUGGGAGGGCACUGGACUCCAGAGAGCGGCAUUGUGUGUGUGGUGGGAUCUGGGGGUCCUCAGCCAUGGCCUUCACUUUCGCUGCUUUCUGCUACAUGCUGUCUCUGGUGCUCUGCGCUGCGCUCAUCUUCUUCGCUAUCUGGCACAUAAUCGCCUUUGAUGAGUUAAGGACGGAUUUCAAGAGUCCCAUAGACCAGUGCAACCCUGUUCAUGCGAGGGAGCGCCUGAGGAACAUCGAACGCAUCUGCUUCCUUCUGAGAAAGCUGGUGCUGCCAGAGUAUUCCAUCCACAGCCUCUUCUGCGUCAUGUUCCUGUGUGCUCAGGAGUGGCUCACCCUGGGGCUGAACGUUCCUCUGCUUUUCUAUCACUUCUGGAGAUAUUUCCACUGUCCAGCAGACAGUUCAGAACUAGCCUACGACCCACCAGUUGUCAUGAACGCCGACACCUUGAGCUACUGUCAGAAGGAGGCCUGGUGUAAGCUGGCCUUUUAUCUCCUCUCCUUUUUCUACUACCUGUAUUGCAUGAUCUACACCUUAGUGAGCUCCUAACUCAGACCCUGCCGAUGGAGAGGCCAAGGCUGGGAACCGCUGUGGCUAUGGCAAAAGAAGGACCGGACGGCGAUGAUGGAGCCACCCAGCUGGCAGAGACUGGAUGGAAGGAACCGGAAUCACACAGCCGACAGGGCCACGUUACCCGUGUGUGUCCAUUGUUGCUCUGUGUGCUGCUGCCUUCUCUGUUCACACCCACAUGGGUUGCAGAGCCCU